UUUCGCGUUGAUGGUUGCCUGCCACUAUUGGCUGUAGAUUUGACGGACACCGUUCUGGAGUCUCUUUUGGAUAUCAUCAUCCACAUCCCCCUGCCUGAGGCUGAUCCCUCUCUGAAGGUGCCUACCGAUCCUGAUGCACUCCUGAAGUACUUCCCAACUGCGGCCGCCAACAAUCAGUUCUCGGCCAUGCAGGUCAUGCGGACGGCCAACGCACUGGACAGCGAAGAAAGUACGUGGUACAACUCCGAGGAGAGCAUUGAUUCCGAAUCCUCGAUCGCAUCCUCCAAGGUAAGAUUUGUUACUUCCUUCGCAAGUUUUGCUAAGUGUGUUUUCGGCCUGUAUACACUGACACCGGUCCGUGUAUGUGUACGGCGUUCCAUGAAAUCUUAA